AUGAGCGGCCUCAAGCGCUCUUUGGACGAGUCGUCUCAUGACGGGGACAAACCCUCGCCCUCGGACUCGUCGUCGGUGUCGACAGUGAAGCCUGCCUCGCCCGCCGCGCCCUCGUCGUCGAGCUCCUUCCGCAAUGUGAGCGCCUGCAACCGCUGCCGCCUGCGCAAGAACCGAUGCGACCAGCGUCUGCCCUCGUGCGCCUCAUGCGACAAGGCCGGCGUCAAGUGCGUGGGCUACGACCCCAUCACCAAGCGUGAGAUUCCGCGCAGCUAUGUAUUCUACUGCGAAACCCGAAUCGCAUACCUCGAAAGCCUGCUGCGGGAGAAUGCGAUUCCCUUCCAGGACGCCCAAGACUUCAACCCAGCUUUUGUGUCGAAUGGCUCCCUCACCCCACAACCCAUAUCCGCCGCACCGCCGCCUCGCAAUGGCAAUACCAAACCGACUGCUGCCCAGGCCAAAGAAGAAAGCGACAAGUACGAUCGCGAGAAGCUUACCAAGCUGGUGUCAAACAUUGGCAUGGUCUCGGUGCAAGGCGCCAGCGACCCGAGAUAUCUGGGCUCAACAUCCGGCAUAUCUUUUGCACGGGUAGUGUUUGCUGCCGUAAAGAGCUCCGUAUCAGGCUCCUCGUCUGAGCGGGGAAGCAACCGGGGAGCCAAAGUAACGAGCAACGUCGUCGACAGCGGCACCUCCAUGCGCGACUCCUUCUUUGGACUACAGACCAAGCCCACCAUACGGCAGGCGCCCUUCCCAGACCGAGAGCUUGGUUCGCGACUCGUUGAGCUGUACUUUGAGCACGCAAACCCACAAAUACCCAUCUUGCACCGGGGCGAGUUCAUGGAGAUGUUUGAGCGCGUGUACACUUCCGGUGAACGCCAUCGUACUUCACGAGAGUCGUACAUGCUCAACAUUGUGUUUGCCAUAGGCGCUGGCAUCAUCCUGGGCAGUUCCGACUCCGAGGGCUCGCCGUCGUCGGAUCAUAGUCGCUCACCAACAAAAUCACGAUCAUCACCACCGAGCAGCAAGAAGCGGCGACUUGCAGGCCACCAGCAUCAGCCCGAGGAAUACCAUGCCUCUGCAAUCGUGCACCUGGAGAAUUUUCUGGGUUCCUCUCCCGCCGCGGACCGUCCCGACGGCUUCGGUGGUGGCCUUGAGGAACUUCAAGCUGUGCUACUGCUCGCGGGCUUUGCGCUGCUGAGACCCGUCGCCCCUGGCUUGUGGUACAUUGUCGGUGUUGCUGUCCGCCUUGGAGUGGACCUAGGGUUGCAUUACGAGGACGGUGUGGGUAUCGACGGCGCGGGUGCGGAAGACCAAACUGCCGGAACCGCAUCCUUCAAAUCCGAGGGUGAUGGAAAUAUGACAGCUGGCAGCGGCGCGAAUACGUCGAAAAUAGAUGCCAAGGAGAGAGGUCGCAGACAGUGGGUCAGAGACCUGCGGAGACGCUUGUGGUGGUGCGUCUACUCGCUGGAUAGACUGGUGAGCACGUGUGUUGGUAGACCUUUCGGUAUCACAGACCAGAUUGUCACUACCGAAUUUCCUUCACUUCUCGAUGAUCGUUACAUCACCAAGGAAGGAUUUCUGGAACCACCGGUCCAUCAAGAGAAGCCCACAUACAAGAUUGUAGCCCAUCACUACUUCCGGCUGAGGCUACUACAGUCUGAAAUACUGCAAGUCCUACAGUACCGACAGGCACAGCAGGCACGAGCGAGUGGUGCGAACCAAAGCAAUGACUUCAUGCAUACCAAGCUGCCUUCGCCAUUCUUGAUCAAUUUUGAGUCGUUCCGCGCCUGGCGCGUAGAUAUCGACAGGCGGUUACUGGAAUGGAAAGACUCCGCGCCAACACAGCUGGACGCCGGUGUGCAGUUUUCACCACUGUUCCUAGAGCUCAAUUACUGGCAAGCAUUGAUCAUGCUGUACCGGCAGAGCCUGGUUGUCCCCUCUGGUCUGCAAGACGAACUGGGCAACACAGGCUCCGACAUGGGAAGCCCCUCAAUGAGCAAUCUUGAGGAGCGCGAAGACGAAGACUUGGUCUUUCUUAAGGUAGCUGAAGCUGGCCAAAAGGUUCUGAAGCUGUAUCGGCAGUUGCACCGAGUACACCUUGUCAACUACACCUUUCUUGCAACCCACCACCUCUUCAUGGCUGGCAUAUCCUUCCUCUACGCAGUGUGGCAUAGCGUCCAUGUACGCAGUUUAUUGUCUCUUGAUGACGUUGACUUUACCGUCCUUGCCGCAACAUCCGUGUUGGGUGACCUGAUCGAUAAGUGCCCGCCCGCAGAAGCAUGCCGCGAUGCAUUUGAUCGAAUGAGCAAAGCGACUAUUCAAAUGUGCAUGUCCACCACAGGCUUUGGGCCACAGGCUCUGCGGUCACUACCACAAGCGCAGCAAUACCAUGCGCAAACUUCACCAAACACUACAUAUGCAUCUACAGCCGAUGCAGAUGCCAGGUCAGACACUGAUAUGCAAGGUUAUGGAGCAAGGAACACAAGCGGCUUCUUUGGCCACCAACAGCAACACCAGCACCAGCGACGACCAGUACCCCGCUUCGACAUGAACCUCAAGGAUCUCUUUUCGGACGAUGAGACCGACAAGCGGUCUUUCAGUCGUGUAAGCAACCAAGUCAACGCCAUGAGACCCCCUCCGACACCCAUGAAAUCCGAACCACGAAUGCAGCCCUUUACGGCUGACCUGAAGAUCUCCCCACAACUCCGCACCACCCACCAACAACAAAACAAUUUCUUCGCUGCAAGUCCAAACAUGACUAGCCCAAACCAACAAAAUGCCUUCUCCACUACUCCACCCGCUAAUCCGCCCAUGCCAUCACCAUACCAAAUCAGUAACCAGGUGCCCUACAACAACUUUGCGCAGAAUGUAACAUCCAGUUAUCCCGAUUUAGGUUUCUCUGACCUAGACUUCCUAGAUAGUUUCCCCGCGCAGGGUGCAAGCAGUGGUGGGGCAGAUGCAAGCAGUGGCGGAGUGCAAGACAUAGGAAUUGGUUUUGGAAUGGGAUUUGGUGACGGGACGCAUGAUUGGAGUGAUGGUAAUGGACUGGAUCUCUUCGAUGGAUUUUUCUUCGGACCUGGAGGUACUGGUGGUACCGGUAUGUGA